CCUGUCUAAUACCAGGUAGCAAUUCGAAAUUUCGAAUCCUUAUAGGCAACUUUCUCGAUUUCAAUCAUCAGCUCUAGAGCUUAAUACAGUCGAAAAUGGCUCCUUCAGUCACCGAGGCAGUAUCAGAAACUGCAGAUCAGAUUCACCAGGAGGCUACAUCCGUGUCUCUGGGCUCAAAAGGCCACAGCGAGGUGAAGGUCGAAGAUGGACCAGCACCACCGGUUCAAGCGCCCCAGCAUAAGGAGCCUCUGAAGCUCAGUGGUGCACUCAAUCACUUUGAAAGCUUUGAUGUUACCCCAACGAUUGGCAGGGAGUUUGUCGGCGUUAAUCUCGCAGAUUGGCUUAAGGCGCCCAACUCUGACGAGCUUCUUCGAGACUUGGCCAUUACAAUCUCCCAACGCGGCGUCGUGUUCUUCCGCAAACAAGACGACAUCACCAACGAUCUCCAGAAAGAGCUCGUCCAACGCCUUGGCGAACUAUCAGGCAAACCCUCCACCUCCAAGCUCCACAUCCACCCAGUGUCCAACUCAGGACGCGAACUCGGAGGCAAAGACGACGAGAUCAGCGUCAUCUCCUCUGAGCAAGCUAAAAAAAUCUACCGCGACAAACUGCUCUUCCAAUCCGAGAAAAAGCAAAGCGGAAAGGAGCAAUGGCAUUCCGACAUCACCUUCGAGCCGAUUCCAAGUGAUUAUGCCUUACUGCGCCUGACCCAACUACCUAAAACCGGUGGAGAUACACUCUGGGCUUCCGGCUACGAAGUGUACGACCGCAUCUCCGCGCCCGUGCAAAAGUUCCUCGAAGGCCUAACCGCCACCUAUGCACAACCUCUCUUCAACGAAGCCGCCGACCGCAACGGAUUCAAGAUCUACUCCCAACCACGAGGGGCUCCAGAGAACGUGGGUGAAGUCCUCGAGGCCGUGCAUCCCGUGAUUCGCACCAACCCAGUCACCGGGUGGAAGAGCGUGUUUGCGGUGGGGCACCAUGUCCAGCGAAUCAACGGGCUUACGGAAGGGGAGUCCAGGGCAUUGCUGGAUUGGUUUGUGAGAUUGGUGGUUGAUAACCAUGACCUGCAGGUGAGGCACAGAUGGCAGAAUGCAAAUGAUUUGGCCAUCUGGGAUAAUCGGAGUGUAUACCACGCUGCGACCCCGGAUUAUCUAAAUCAAGGAUUGGGUGAGAGGACUGGGCAGAGAGCUGUAAGUCUGGGCGAGAGACCAUACUUGGAUCCGUUAAGCACAAGCAGGAGGGAGGCCCUUGCGGCGCAAAACACCGCAUGAGCUACUUAAGAAUCUGCCAUUGAAAAAGUUAAUACAUGGGAUUCAUCUU